GUCAAAGUGUGCGUGUGUAUAGGAAAAGAAGAGUGAACGCGCGCGGUUAUUUGGCUCGUAAUCGCGUCUCUUUUUUUCCGCGCGUCUCAUCGGCGAACACGAGUGCUGAGGACAAUUGUCUCAUUUUUUUGUAAAUACCUCGGCACAAAGAAGGCCGUUUUGUGAGAGUGGGAUGAUCCAGUGGAAGGAUAAUCGCGCGGUGUGUUUCGUGUCGAUACCGUUCCUGCCGCCCCGCGGAUUCUCACCGAACCGGCCACAAUAGAAUCUCUCCGCGUGCGAGAGAGCGAGAAAGACAGUAGAAGAAUAAUACUAGAAAAGCGUGGGAGUGAGAGAGACGCUAGAUCCACAACGACAAGUGCCAAAGUGCUCUAGCGUUAUUCUCUUAGAAAAAUCCAACAUUUUUACUGGAAAAAAACUGGCAAUAAAGACAACAAACGUCAAAUGCUUCGAUCGUCAAAAAAAAAAUGUAUGUAUUUGCAUUCGUGACGUUAGUCGAAAAUACGAAAUACAAUCAGGCACAAGUAAACAAAGAACGCGUGUAUAUUAUUUAACGCGUUAGAAUGGACGUUCGAGGGAGUGUUACGAGAAAACCGAAAUAAUCGAAAUUGUGAAAAAAAGAACGGGUCGUGAAUUAUCAUGAAUUCAAUGGCCGGAACUUGAAUGAAAAAUUUCAGAGUGAACGAUCCCCGACCCCAUUGUUUUUGCGAAGUGGAAAAAGGAUCAGACAGCUACAACCGAGUAAUCAAUUUCGUUGAUAUUUGUUAGAGAAAAAUAGGAUAUUUUAGUGCCUUCGUUCAAUAAACGUCGAAGGGGUUUUAUGAUGCCGUGGAUCUUUCGAACAGCGGGGCGAUUAUCGUCGUUUACAACGGGGGCGUUCGAGUCAGAAGAAGCACCAGCAGCAGCCGGGACAGCAGCAGCUGAUUGAUACAAAAUGUCCGAAGCCUGGUCGCGGCACGUUAGCCGGCAGGGCAUCGCGUGCACGACACCGAGACAUCAACCACGAGAACUCUCGACGUAUCCGAGAGACAAUAAAACGGUGACAUUAAACAAGUUAAAAUAACGAAACAAAUGUGGAAUUCGUAUUUUUUACGAUAUUAAGACAACAACAAAACGAAUUCGAAAAAUCCAAGUGACACGACUCAGUUAUUCCCUUUGUUUCCCCUCCAAUCUCGUCAAACUGAAUGACAAAACAAUUAAAAACAGCUUCUUUUCCUAUCGUCUCUGAGAUCGCGGCUAUGUGACAAAGCAAGAAAGAACGUUAAAAAACGGAAAUUCUAACAAGUUGGACAUUAGGGAGCAGCUGAUUCGGACAAAAUGGUCGGCUCGCGUCGUUUGCCGGCGAAUUAACGACGGUGAAAAGAGAAAACAAAUUGUCUGACUUUCGAGACUGUGAAAACCAAGGGAUUUACCGCGAGAGAGAAGUGAAUUUGAAAAGUUUCGAGAUCGUAGCAGUAAAAAAUCUACACGGGAGUGCCUGAAGAAGGGAGAGAAAAAAGGCGAUUGAAAGGAAGCGAAAGAGAAAAAGUACUGUGCUUUUGCUUCGUGUGAUCGAGGGUGCAUGGUGGUGGCGUGAUGCGAACAAGGAAAAAACGUUGUUGCGUUAAAAUUCAAGGAUAUUCGUGAAUUUGAAACUUCGAGUCAAUUGUGUAAAGUGUCGAUUUUCCGAUCGUGACAAAUUUGUCGCUCAUCGAGAGAGCGAUAAAGAAGCAGAGUGCGGGAAAGCUUGAUCGUGAAUGCGCCGGGAUUUAUGUGCAACGGGGGAGGACGCAAAGAGGAAGCUCAAGGAUUUUUCUCUUUCAAAAAAGAAACUAAAAAAAAACUGUCAUAAUCGAUCGUGCGUGUACGAAGAAAAACGCUUAAAAAAACGAAAACCCGAUGUUCUUCACGCGAUCUUGUUGAAACGUCGUUUUUGUUACGUCGCGACUGUUUUUAAACUGCAAAGUAUACGACUGUCAAAUUCUAUCAGGCUCCGUUAUAAUUAGAGUGUGAAUAAAUAAUAAUAAAAAAAAGUGAAGGAGAAGAUUCGCGGACUAUUUAAACGGGGAUUGCUUUUGAUGUUGAGAUUUGUGGGAAUGCAUGCGAUUCGGGAUGCAAUUUUAUCUCGUAUUUGAGUAGAGACGUUUAUCCUCGUUUUAGAAUAAUGAUACUGCGCGAUAUUCACGACGAGGAGUGAUUGCCAAAAGAGACAGAAUAGUCCGCGACUAUUCUGUGUUUUGUGCGGUGUCUCGUCUCGUCGUGGAGCGAAAAAUUCCAAGACUCAGGUCGAAAAGGACGAAAGGGCUCCGGAGAAUACCCAAAUGAAAACGAAGAAAAAAACAUUUUUAUGACGGAAGAAAAAUUACGAAUAUAUGGAAAUACAUAUUAAAUACAAAAACUAAGGAAAAAACAAGAUAAAGGGCGAGGUGAAAAGAUCUUCGAGAAAAAAAAAACGAUGAACGCGGAGGGACAGCAUGACCGGCAGAGAUUCGGCCAGGCAAAGUGCCCAAAGGGUGCUGGUCUCGAGCAAAGAACACCAACAAAUUUAACCAACAUCGCCAAUUCCAUUAACGACGAAAGUCCAACGCGCCCCGUGCUCGAGACACGCAGAAUAAAAAAAGAACGAAAUUUCGUUGAGAGCGUCAAUGAAAAUGGUGCGAACGGCGGGAGCAACAACAGUCUCGCCGGUAACAAUGACACGACAGCCGGCACUUCCGAAAAUGGGCACCAUCAUUCGAGAAUCAACAAUGUCUCGAGAACUAACGGCUUUCAUUCGAGUGAUAUACUUCAGGAAAUCAUUGCCGCCAAAUUUGGCCAAUCUUCUACCGGACACGGUAACUCCAACAAAAACGACAAAAUUCGCCUCAUGAUUGAAGACAGCUUGGGCGAGGAUUCGAAGAAUCGCGUUCAAGAAAUAUUUCUACAAGUAGAGCAGCUGAAGAUCGAAGAAAAAUUAUUACUCUAUCUACGAUUACCGGCGUCACUCGCUAAUCCUGGAGGAACGGUUGAUCCAUUGAGGCAACCUUUGAAUCCGCUUGGCAAUCGAUACGAAAUCCAUCAGACGAUUAUGUGGAUAAAAACACAUUUAGAGGAGGAUCCGGAUGUUUCGUUACCCAAACAGGAAGUUUACGACGAGUACAACGUGUUUUGUAUAAGAAACGCGAUGAAACCAUUGUCAACUGCCGAUUUUGGAAAAGUAAUGAAGCAAGUUUAUCCACGUGUCAGACCACGGAGACUCGGUACGCGAGGGAACUCGCGUUAUUGUUACGCCGGUAUGAGAAAACGAGUGAAACUCGAUACGCCGACGUUACCAGCAGUCACGGACACGACGGCGGUCGAGGAUUUCGAGGAACCGAUAACUGAAGAAAUGUUGGGGGCUGCAUCGACUCUGAUUAGAGAAUGGGCGGAAAGUUUAUUAAAAAUGAAAUUUUCGUCCCUCAGUGCGCUCGCACGACAUCUCGUCGACAAUCUCCGGGUGAACACGCGAUCGCUCUCCGCUGUUUGCAUUUUGAGUGCAUCCGGUGAUUCGGAGCCUUCGACCAAUAAUAAAGUUUCAGAGACAUCGCCGAGUUUGUCGGUGACACCGGUGGCUGGAAAACCUGGAAAGAUGAGAGAGGCGCAGCUGCAGUUGCAACGAAAAUUGCAGCAGCGCGAACACACGAGGGAUCAGAAGAAUCGUCAGCAGGAAGUGUCGCUACAAAAUUCGAGCAAAGAAAAAAGCGCGGAGAGUCUAACGCCAGCGCAAUUAACGACGAGAUCGUCGUCGUCGAUUGGUAAGGGGUGUAAAAAGAGUAAAACGAGUCAAUCGCCGCAGAUAGUUGGAGGAUUGACGAGUGCAGGAACGACAACGGGACCAUCGCCGAAGACAACGACGUCGCAGCCGGCUGCGACGUCGAGUCCGGCGUCAUCGAGAAGCCGAAAACUGCCGAGAUCGGGGAGUCAGGGAGCGAGCAAUAACAGCAACAACAAUAACGCCGUAUCGCCUCAAUUAUACUGUGAUAACGAUCAAUCUCAAGGGACAACCGCGUCGUCGACGCAUCCGCGUUUGGAUGAAGGCCGAAGUAGCAACAAUGGCGCAUCGAGAUCUUGCACGCCGAAUGACGUGGUUCGCGAGGUAAAAUUAAAAACCUCGCGGAAACGAUCGAGUCUGGACUCGGCGCGUCAACCGAGUGAAUCGAGUCCGGAGAAGCAAGCUAAAUUAGCUGAAGAAAUAGAUGGAGGAAAGCAUCAAGAGGCGAUUAAGAAUUUCGCUCAAAUGCCGCCAAUUCAACGAGUCGUGGAGAAGGUCACUCUCGUCGUACCGAGUAACCUGAAACUCGAAAAACCAGACUGUCCUGAAUUGAAGACGCAACUGGUACGUUCGCGAGACGCGGAGACUUCGAUAAUGGAGAAGAUGACGAACGGACGUGCGACUGUAUGGGAAAGUAUUACGGUGAAUAACCGUUUGGAGGAUAAAUUGUGUACAAUAGAUCCUGACGCGUUGGACGACUAUUUGAACGGCGGUAACAAUUCGCAGGAGCAAGAGGAGGAGUUGCUGCAGUACUUUCAGCAGAGUAAUUCCUCGAGUUCGGACGUUGAGGCUGGUUUCAACAAUCAAUUGGCGAGUAAUUCGGAAACUGAGCGUUCUUCGAGAUCGGACAAAGUGUCGCAGCUCCGAAUAAUACUGCAGCAAAAUCUCAAAGACGGAACCAUCAGACCGGUGAACAGCUUGGACGGUUCGAGCGGAAUAAGACGCACGACUCCGGUGAUCGAGACUAAAAGUCGAGAAAACACGAGCAAACAACACGACAUCGUGUUGCCGAUAUUAUUGAAUCAUCAUUCGAAUCCAGCUAGCAGCGGGACGAGGCGACGAGUGAGUUUUGAAACUAGCGUGCUCGAACACCAUCACCAACAACAGCAGCAGCAACAACACCUUCAUCAACAACAGCAGCAGCAGCAGCAACAACUACAACAACAACAACAACAACAACGACAGCAACAACAACAACAACACCAACAACAGCAGCAACAACAGCAACAACAAACUUCGCACCUUCACGAAAUCUCGACGAGCCACGUGACCGCGAAUACACCAGUAAACACGGUGCCACAAAGCCCGAAUACCCGUCGUAGAAUAUUCAAUUUCACACCAAUAUCACCGGGGCCUCAUUCACCGAUAAACGGACGAGCAGCUUCCGCUUCAAAGCCCAGCUCCGCCAACGCGAGUCCUUUCGUUUCUCCACGAAAUACUCCGGUCCCACGCUCACGAAGUAACUUACAAUCGGCCGGUGGAUCUCGAGCUCGAGGCCAAAAGAGCCUCGCCAGGUCGAUAUCCUGCAGUGUUCCUUAUACGAAUACCAGACAAGAUACGUUCGUCGUACCGACCAGCAGUUCGGACAGUUCUCGUUUGACCAUCACGCCGACGUCCCUAACAGGACCACGCUCCAACGUCGUCGAGGUCCAAGCGUCGAGUUUACUUCCCGGACGUUUGAUAAGCGUCGAACGACGAAACGACGAUUCGAAAGUGCUCGGAGAAGCGAGCGCCACUUCAUUCCUCAGCGAUAUAGAUCAGCAAAAACAAUUACUCAUCAAUUACCCGAGUCAGGAGAAUCUACAGGAAAUAAAAAACGUUUACGACUCGUGCCUCCCGACCACCAGAUCUUCCACGAGCGGCACAACGACCAAUACAACCCCAACAGCUUCAAACACCGGAACGAACAAUCACACAGUCAGAAAUUGCCAACCUCCUGAUCAGGAAAUCAGCGAAUUGCUCAACGGCGCAACGAGACAACAAUCCUUCACGACCGAACAAUUGUAUUACAGAUCGCAAUCGGUGCCUCUUCAUCGCAUGGUCAACCCGACUCUAAUGUCACCCAUAGCGUCCAAUCAUUCACAAUUUCUAGGCAAUCUUCACAGUUUCAAUAACUCAUCCAACAGUUCCAUCGCCCCGACACCCGUGCCCAGUGAAUUCAACGAUUUCGUCUCUAUCGGUGCUCACGAAGCUUACCUUCUCGACGACGUCGACGCCGGCUUCAUCGCCGAUGAUCAGCAGUUUCUCAUGGAGGACAAAGAGUCGAUUACCAAAAUUUUGAAUAUUCUCGAUGAAGAGGGACGUCAGAGCAUGACUAUUUUACCCGAUAGAACGACAAACGAUGACAAUCUUCUAGAGAACACCAAUCUCACGAUCGACCUUUUGGAUCCCCUGGCCAACGCCGAUUUGUCCAUACAAACCGAGAGCAUCGUCGAUCCAGCGGUCGUUCUCGACCCUUCGGUCGAUGGCAAUCUUCGUAAAAUCAUCGAAUCGCGCUCUUAUCCGAACACUCCAUUGCCGAUCGUUACCGGUGCUUAUAACGCAGCAAAUUACAACAACGAGGACAACAACAGUAACGGCUCAAGAUCUUAUCCAUCCACGCCAUUGCACACUCUGCAAUCCCAAGAGAUUUAUCGUGAAAGUAACGAGCCCAUGCUCUCAUCGCCGACCUUAAACUCGUUGAAUCUCCGCGCCGAAAACGUCGAUCCGAGUAACGACAGCGUUUGUCGGAACGUUACCGAUCUCUUGGAAACUAAUUUCCUGGGGGACAACGAAGCGGACAACGACGAUCUCGAUCCACUUGGAAAUUUCGACGGUCUUCAAGACGUCGAUUCUCUGACCCCGCUCUUCAACGAGGUCGCCGAAACUAAUCGUUGAUUCCUCAUUUCGCCGGAUUUCUUGUUACUGUUUCAAAGUAUAACGAUCGUCCAGUGUUCGAAAGAAAGAAUAACCAUUCGGGGUCGCGAGGGGGGAAAAAAGUGUUGUGCCGAUAGUGAAUAACGUCGGAGAGGUACUCCACCGUUUUUUUUUUUUUUUUUUUUUUAAUAUCAAAAAUUAACAAUCACGGAGUGAACGAACACGAAAGAAAAACAAAUAUGACUCACUGCCAGGAAAACUUUCAAAUGUUGAGGAAGAGGGGGAGAACGAGCGAAAUUGUCGCGAACAUGUCGCGUGACUAGCGAACAUUGCUAACGGAUUCUUUUCCUUAUUUUCGAUCAAACUCGCGAAUCGAAGCGAUCAAACGAAUUUUAUCGUUGAUUGAAUUCAUAGCGGAAUUUGCAGUUCGUAGCGAGAUGAAAAGCACGAGAAAAUCGAAUAAAAUCGGAACAGCAAGAAAAAAAAAAGCAAUUUCGUCGACAGUCACGUGAGCUUGUUCUUCGCACGAUCGCUUCGAUGAAACAAACACUUUUUAACAUUCGAACGAGAUAUAAGAAUAAAAGGAAUUAAAAGAGAUGAGAGAACGAAAAAGUAUUUUGCGAAAAGGGUACUCGCGGGCUUCAUCCUCGUGAUAAUUGUGAUGACCCGAGACUCCCUGACGAGGCUCGUGAUCCGAUUGUGUAGACUUCGUUAUUAUCUUCGCCUUUUUUUACGGUUCUUUCCAUACAUCUUAUACUCGCAUCAUUAUUAUUUUCUCUUUUGUUUCUUUUUUUUACUUGCUAUGUGUGUGGUUAGAUUUUCGUCCAGAGAGUGCGUGAGAGUAAGCAAAGCGGAGGUGAAAAUGAAACGAAUGUUGUGGGCACGUGUCUUGAACCGAGAGAAAAUUGAUCGGUCAUUUUCUUCUUUGUACAAAUUAAUUUGUAGGAAUAUUUUUUUAAAAGGAUCGAUUAAAAUUUUAAACGAACGUGCCGGCUCUUUUAAUUUGACGAGUUACGAAGGAAAAAAUAAAUUACAUACGAAAUUCCCCGAUUCGAUUGGACUUAGCGAAUGUAUUUGCAAAUUAAACAAAAAUAAAUACAAUUUCCGUGCCUUUUCGAUAAUAUUACCGUAAAAUUGUCAGGUCGGUCGGGGGCCAGCCGUCGUUCGAACAAUGAUUUUGCUGUUUUAACUGCUUUUAUUCGAUCGGAGAAUAUAAAAAACGAUUAUGUUUUAGCUUCACUAUGUCCUCAUUCGUUGUUCCCGGUGUAGUGGUUGAUUUAUUAGUUCUCAACGAUCGAUUAAAACAAAGCUUGUAAAGCGAAUGUAGGCUUACAAAAUUCUCGCGCGUGUAAACAAAAUCCGAGUGAUUGAAAAAAAAAUGAAUUUUAUUAUAAUCGUUAUAGAAUCGACUUUGUUGACAAAAAUUUUUCGUUUCUUUUCUAACGCAAUAAUAUACGACAUGAAAGUAAUUUUCAACGACGAUGUACCAAAAAAAGUAUUAGUUUCGAAAACGAUGCUCGUCGAUUCAAAAUUGCAAUCUGAAUGAUCGAACGAAUGUGCGAGAAAAUAAAUUAAUUGAUAGAACGUAGGAGAUAUUACGAAAUGAAUAUUCGUCUUAAAGAGCAGUGACAAAGAAACGCAAAAGAGUGAAAGGAAAAGAUGGUAUUACGAAAUUUUUAUCUCAUCUUUUAUCACACGCACAAAAAUACGUUAAGCUUCGAGUCGCAACGUUUACGAAGGAGGAAAAGGAAGAAAAAAAUCGAGAUCGAAAAUAACCGGAAGAGAUUGAUGUUCGUCGAAAGCCAAAAAAAAAAACGAAAGCAAACAAAAAGCGUACAUAAAUGUGUUUGUAUAGUUUGAAAAAUCAUAAUUCAGCUCCGACGAUCGAAUCGCAAAAAAACGAACCAUUCGUCGUUUCGUCUCUAGGACUUUUUUACUUUACGCGUGCGAAGAAGAAUCGUUUGAUCGUUAGUUGCCUACAGGAAUAAUGGACGAAUUAAUGAAUCGAGCUUAUUAAAAGGAAGAAAAAUAAAAUUUCUAACUCUCAUAUCGUUUAGAACGUGGUCGAAGGUCGUUCUUUUUUUUUUUUUGCGGAAGCGUUUACUACGCAAAUUCCUUCCGAAAAUCAGGCACGAAAUAUAAAAAAGAAAAAUUUCACUUUCGAGACCAAAAAUCCAGGAAAGGAGUUGAUUUUUCGAAGAACAGUAAUAAUAAUUAAAAAGGGCGGUCCGAUGAUCGACGGUUUCGAAUGAAAAAAAUUAAUAAUUACCGAAAAAUUCAUGAGCUCUCACUUUUCAAAGAGAUUUUUUAACGGAAGCAAUUUCCGGCGAGACUUCAUUUUUUCAAAAUUUCCCAGAUUAAACGAGAUUCUGCUUCCCUCCGUCUAGUACAAAAGCGAAAACAAAUUUUCGACGCUAAAACUGAUCACUGCCUGACUGUAGUCGUUCACGAAAAAAACAAAAACAAAAACCAAAAAAAAAACAGAAAAAAAAACAAAUUGAAGAAAAAUAAGCGAACGGAGAUCGAAAGAAUUUUUUUCUUACUUCACAAUAUCUGUAUUUUCGUGCUUGUGUAAAAUAUCGAUAUUGAAUAUAAUAUGACAAAAUGUAGUAUCCGUGGGGAAAAAUGCGAGAAAAUGAAGUCGCGAAUAAACCACUUGUUUAGCGAAUCGUGUUGCAUGUCAAAUAGAAAUCAGUUAAUGAAAGGAAAAACAAAGCAAAAAAAAAAAAGAGAAAAAACAAACGAAACCUAUAGAAUUGCAGUUACUCACUAAAAUACUAUAAUCGAUCAGUAGAAUACGCGCAAUUAUAAUUGUACAAGGUCAAUGUAGCGAAGUGAAAAAAAAAUGUGCAUUACCACGAGGCCAAAAAUUUUUUUGGGCAAUCAUACACCGAUUAUUUGAUCAUGAUUUUCAAUCAGCCACAAUGAACCGGUUAAAAUGUUCUCAGCUGAUGAAAACAAUUUUUGAGAAAAGUACCGAAUUUUCAUUCGAGUUUCAAAUUGAUCUCUGAAUUCAAUAAAAUAAUUUUUUCAUCAAUCAGAUAUCAACUGUUAUUAGAAUCAUUUUGGCACAACGAAUGAAGGAAAAAAAAUAACAAAAUUAUUCGAAUGAUCUUCGAAUCACGAAGUUCGAUUCUGAUCUUCGGAAUGAUAUUCCACAUAGGUGUUUCACGUGAACCAUUACAGCUGUUCAUUUCAUAAGUACAUUUUUCAAAAAGACGAAAUCCCAUGAUUGAGAAUGUGUGAUCUAUGAUUGCCCUAAUUUUUGGAAAAAAAAUCGCUUACGUUAUCACAAUGAUUAUUUGUACGAAUGAUCUCUUCUCCUGCCUUUCCGAAACACUGUCGUGCUUUUUUCAUCUUAUUUCGUAGAAUUCGCAUGCAAAUAAUUGUCUUUUGUCAGCCACACAACGUUUUUUCUCAAUGAAUUUUUUUCAAUUUUCGUCAAGGUUGUGUGUUUCUUAGAAAAUCUGCAAACACACGUAUAAUCAAAUCCCUUAUCCGGCAAUCACGAUGUAGAAAUAAUAAUAUUUUACCCGGAGUUAAAUAACGAGUUGGCCAAAAAAAACUAACGAAAAAUUGAUUGAUUUGUAAAUUUGAAAAAAAGAAAAGAAAAAAAAAACUUCAAUUUCGGUGUAAAUAAAUUCGAUUGAGCUCAAUUUCGAAUCCCCUGGCGCUCUGCGAUGAAAAAUUCAAUCGUCCUCAUAAAUCGUAAUCAGUUGAAUCAUUUUUUUUAAAUAUCUCACAAAUUUUGCGUUACAAGAAAAAAACGACAAUCUCGCAUCAACGAUUAUUUGGAAAUUUCGUGCUUUGGGAAAGCGGUCUUCCCAUCGCGUGGAGUUAUAAAUCGAAUUCCUCUAUCAUAUUAUCGCGGUCUAAAAAUUUUUAGUAAUCCGUCAGUAUUAAUUCGACCGAGAUUCUAUUUAAAAAUGUUGUACAAAACAAAAAAAGUGCAGCAAAAAAGGAAAGAUUUCAAACAUAAAUUUGCCACGAUUACCAUCGUUUUCUUGAUUUGUGAGUUUUUAUCCGGAUCUGAACAAUUCCCAGAUGAGCCAUGAAAGAGACAUAAGAAAAUAUUGAUAGACGUAUGCGUGUCAGAAAAAAAACUGAAAAAUACGUUCUUUUGGCUUGAAUACUUGAAGCAAGUUUCGAAAACGCGAUUUGUGAAUACGCCUCAGUCCAAUCAUAAAUAAAGUAGUCGUAAGUUUCACUUUUAUGUUAAGACAAUCCUUCUUCGUCUCAAUCGUUGGACUCUUAACUUUUUUUUUAAAUCUUUUUUUUUUUCAUUAUUAUUUACUUUAUACAUGAAUAUACAUAAAAAUAUAUUUUAUAAAGCAAAUAAUAAUUGUAAAAGUUCGUGCCCCUCUCGUACGAAUUUGUUCUUAUAGAUUCGCAAUUAUUGUUAUUAUUAUAAAAUUUAAAACCAUUUUACGAUGAUUUAGUAAACUGUGAUAUUUGCGCGAGUGCUUACGUAUUUUGUAUGUGUGUAUGCGCAUGUACAUAAUGUAUCCCAUCAUUUCGCGUUUGACCCGAUUAUCUUUUCUUUUUUUUUUCUUCUUUUUUCUACAUUUUUUUUCGUCACCCCGAAACAUGAUAUCUCGUCACACUCGUUCACAAAUUCUCUUUUCCCGCUCCUUGCCUACUUCGUGUAAAAAUCCACGUUUUUUCUACAACACCGAACAAUGAAAUGGAGGAAAAGAAAAGAAAAAAAAAACAUGUUCAACAAACCGCGCAGCAAAACGGAUGUCCCAAGUAGUUUUAUGUCGAGCCCAUAAUGAUUCAUCAACCCAUAAAAAAAAUCGGAGUAAUUUCCCAUCAAAUGUUCAUUUUCAUUAUUUUUAUUUCAUGUACAAUCUUAUUUAACGUUUACGCAUUCAAAAAAAUUCUUCUUUGGCCUAAACCAAAAGUUAUUUAUCAUCAAUUUUUUUAUUUAACAAAAUAAAUCAGCUCCGAUUUUUUUUUCGCAGUAGUUUGCGUAACGAGCGUAACGGGUUUCUGUACACACAUCACAUAAUACACACAUACACAGACACACACUUAGUUUUCGAAAAACGAAAAUGAUUUGAACGUUCAUAUACAUUGUAGUGAAAAAAAAAAUAUAUAUAUAUAUAUAUGUAGGUAGGAAAUAUAAGAUAUAUAUAUAUAAAUAUAUAUCUUAUAUUUCGUAGGUAGGAAAUAUAAGAUAUAUACAUAUAUAUAUAAUUUUGUAUAAUUUAUAAUUACCAUUUGACGAUAAAAUAAAAUGUUAACAUUGUAUGGCCUAA